UCACGCUUCUAAAUUUAGUUGUGACGAAGACGAUUCCCAACGUAGAACUGUAAGUCACAUAAAAAAGAUUCUUAGAAAACUCAAAUAUUUCCAUGGAAGCCAAGAAACAAAGAUCACAUAAAGUUUAUCCAACGCCAACAUCUACCCAAUCAGGCCACACCCCUAUAACUUCAUCUCAUUCCAAUCAACAAGAGCAGAAAGUGGUUUCAACUGUAGAUCAUUCAUGCAAGUCUAGCUCAUCAAAACGACAUCCUAACAAUACAGAAUCCGACACCACAAAAUGCCAUGACCUACAGACUUAUAAACCAAGUUCUAGAUCUAACUCCAUCAGAUCAAUAGUUAAUGAUGAGAUAGAUCUCCUGCUUAUUGGAAAAACCGGAAAUGGUAAAAGUGCUCUUGGCAACUCAAUUCUAGAUUACGAAGCGUUUGUUAGUGAACCUUCUGCUACUUCUGUUACGAAAGAGGUUUGCGAUGAGGUGAAUGAAAUUAAUGGACGAACUAUCAAAGUAAUGGACAGUCCAGGGGUUGAGGACACGGACUGGGAAAAUGAUGAAACUACAAACUCUGUAGUCAACGCACUGUCCCAGGCUAUCGCCAUCAACCCACAAGGCUAUCACGCCUUUCUUUUAGUUGUAAAGUUUGGUGGGAGGUUUACCAAAGAGGACAAGGGAACAGUGGACUUCUUAAAGGAGGUAUUUGGUCAGACUUUUGUCAGUAAGUUUUGUAUACUGGUCUUGACUUAUGGCGAUCAGUUUGAAGCUCAAGUUAAAGACAAAUUUAAAGAUUGGAUACAAUCACAAAAAGGUGUUUUGUCUGACUUGGUGAAAGAGUGUAACAACAGAGUGAUUCUAUUUGACAAUCAAACAACAGACAGACAAAAGAGAAAAAGACAAGUCAAUGAACUGAUAGAGAUUGUUGACAGCUUAAAACAGGAAAAUAGCCGCUACACCAACGAUCAAUUUGAUCUCGCAAAAACUGAGAGAGAAUCCCUAGAGCUUACUUCACAGGCUCCUCUAAUAAUUGAUAAAGCUAUGACGGAAGCAGAUGUAAUUUUUAAACAAUUUAAACGAAUACAAGAAAGUGUUAAAACUAAUUAUGACCCCGCACCUCUUGAGCCACUUUUAGAAAGGAUCAAUACAUUGUAUAAAUCAAUAAUCCUAAAAGAUAAUAAAACUGGAGUUCUUGGUGACUUGCUGAUACACAUCGCGGCGCUCAAGUCUACAAUUACAGACGAAGUAAACAUCUGUGAUAGGCUGUCUAAACUAGAAAAAAAUAUGAAACAAACAUAUGCUUCCCAGUUAGAGAAAAUGUCUGUAAAGCUUAGUGAGGCGAAGCUUAACUUUGAUCACCUUAGCCAGGAAAGAAAAAAAUUGGAACAAAUCAACAUGCACAAGUUACAAAAAGAAAUUCAGAAACUAGAAAGAGAAAAAGAUGAACUGGAGAAAGAUAAAUUAGCCAUCUCUUUAAAGUUUAACGAAAAAACAAAGGAGAUUCGUUAUCUGUAUGAACAAAAUAAAAAGAUGAAAGAAAAACACAGAGAAAAUAUCUUAUCUUCCAUGGCUCACAAAAUUGCAAAGACUUUCACCAAAAAAACUAAAGACAGACCACCUGAAAAAGAAAAUGCGACAAAGCCCAUGGGACAUGUAUUGUAUUAAUGAUGCUAAGAUACAACAGAAAGUAGGCUAGGACGUACUCGACUCAAAACAAGGAUUCAACUAGAAUUAGCAUUAUGUCAUUCCUUGACAAGACCCUACUAUUCAAUUAGAAAAGUGAAGACCACAUUACAAACCAAGACACUAGGAUUCAACUAGAAAAGUGAAGACCACAUUACAAAACAAGACACUAGGAUGCAACUAGAAAAGUGAAGACCACAUUACAAAACAAGACACUAGGAUUCAACUAGAAAAGUGAAGACCACAUUACAAAACAAGACACUAGGACUCAACUGGAAAAGUGAAGACCACAUUACAAAACAAGACCCUAGGAUUCAACUAGAAAAGUGAAAACGACAGUACAAAACAAGACUCUAGGAUUCAACAAGAAAAGUGAAGACCACAUUACAAAACAAGACCCUAGGAUUCAACUAGAAAAGUGAAGACCACAUUACAAAACAAGACCCUAGGAUUCAACUAGAAAAGUGAAGACCACAUUACAAAACAAGACCCUAGGAUUCAACUAGAAAAGUGAAGACCACAUUACAAAACAAGACACUAGGACUCAACUAGAAAAGUGAAGACCACAUUACAAAACAAGACACUAGGACUCAACUAGAAAAGUGAAUGUUGAAGUGAACGAACACACAUUGUCAAUUAUGUUCACAUAUUGUGUGGUAAAUAUUGAAUUUUUGAAAGACCUACAAGUUGCUAGCUAUUUUCUGUA